AUGGACGACCUGGCUUCAACCCCCACGCAGCAGAAGCGCCCACGCGUAGCCGAGGAGAACCGGAAACGAGCUGUUCGAGCGUAUGUUGCCCUUGCUUCACAUCACCAUGCGACGGCUGUCGCAGAGUCAAAGAGAAAUGCGAAGGAGGUGUACCGUGUCGCCGAUGUCUUCGUUAUCGCCGACAAUGCAACUUCACACAUAUCGACCCCAAUGAGAGGACUCGAUCGACGUCCGUCUCGUAUGUUGUUGGACAAAGCGGCAUCGCUCAAUCGACAUGAAAUUGCCGAAGCAGAGCGUGUACACUGCAUGGAGCGGCUUCUUUCAUAUUAUGUUCCCGGCAUCACUUUCGAUAUCCAAUCCCUUCGCCAGGCUGUAGAAGAUUUGAAGAAUAAACACCGUGAAUCUGAGUCGGACGCUAUUUCGACCAAGGCGGAUGCCAAUGAGCUUGAAGAUCUGGCGAUUGACGACGAAGACUUCAUGAUCAAGGCUCUUCCAAAUAACACAACCCAAUAUUCGGGAGAGUUUUCCUAUCUGAACUUUUCCAUGAAGAUUCGGAAGAAAAUUGACGAAUGGAUGAAAACUGCAGCACCAGAUGCAUCUACAGAGGUUGAGCCGUUCGAAGAAAGGUGGCGAUCCACACAACUCCAGUCAGGGUCAUCUUUGGUGUCAGCGUCAAUCACAUGUCUACCGCCACGCUACGUAGCCGACUUCCUCGUGCAGAUCUUUUUCAAAUAUGCACAAACCAAUAACUUCUACGUGGAGGAAGACUGGCUCCGUGACAAACUAAACAUCUGCUACACAAAUCCGUCUAGUCUAUCAACCGAUGAUUCAGGCGCUGUCUGUUCGAUUCUGAUGGUUCUAGCCGUUGGUACACAAUUUGCACAUAUGGAAUCAUCGACGCCAGUCAAUAUUCCACCAUCUGAUGCUAAUCAAGACCACCAUUUUUCGGAAGACGAGGUUGGCUUAACGUUCUAUCAGUUUGCGUCGAAAUUAUUACCGGACAUUAUUGCUACAGCUUCUGUGAGGAGUGUUCAAGCUUGCUUACUGAUUGGAACGUACUUGCUUCCGUUGGAUACAUCUGGGCUGUGCUACACCUACUUCGGUCUAGCACUCAAGCUUGCAAUCCAGAACGGUAUGCAUCGUCGCUAUCACGGAGAAGGUCUCUCCCCCCGAAUGCUCGAGACAAGGAACCGUGUCUUUUGGACGGCUUAUACCAUUGAGAAGCGCAUUAGCAUUCUCCAUGGCAGGCCGUCAUCAUUAUCUGAUGCUGAUGUUGACGCUGCGUUCCCUGUUGACUUCCCUGGAAUCAUGCCCGCUUCACAACAGUCAAACCACACCAACAUGGUAGCAUUGAUUACUUUGACGCUGAAGCUUGGGCAAGCCUCUAAUGAGAUCUCCCUGCUCCGAACGGCCCGGAAAGGUCAACAACAGGAUUGUCUUGAGCGAUUACUCAAUAUCCGAAAACACUUGAUUGAUUGGUGGUCUACCUUGCCCGAAGAAACAAAUUGUCGAGACCUCAACCCUAGCGGACCGUUGUUCCGAUCCAAUGUCCACUUGAAACUCGACUAUUGCUUAACUCGAAUCUUCAUCGGCCGUCCAUUUUUGUUCAGCAGUUUGAAAGGGCUCUAUCAGACACCUGUUACACCUUUCAAGGGCCCUUCUGGUGUUUCUAAGAACCGCGCCACUCUUGUAACGGACUGCGUCGAGGCAGCCCUUGAGAUCAUUGACCUCUGUCGCCUUCUGCGAGAUGAGGCCGGUCUUGCCCGGGCCUCGUUCACCGAAUUCAGUUCAUGUCGUGCUGCUCUUCUCGUUAUUUUAGCGCAAGGAUUGACCAAGCGCACUGAACGACUCGGAGCAGCCCUCGAACAAGGCAUUUCACUAAUCAAAAUCAUGUCCAUGGGCGUCGGUUCUGCGCGUUCCGCUGUCAGCGUCAUUGAAGCACUUGAACGAGCCAUUCGUCGACUCGAGGUAUGGAGUGAGAGUCAACAGGCCCAAAGCAACGGAAGCAAUUCGGAGUCUGCAUAUGAUCGCUUCAAGAACUGGGAAAUGCUGUGGAAGACUGGUCCCAUCUCACCAUCCACGUUAGCCUGGAAGCAACAAGAAGCAUUCGAGAAUGAAUCUGCCAUGCAGCCACGUGCGCCCUCCCAAGGCCCUGGUGGUUUGUCUGCGGCUGAUGCCGUUGUCCACGGCAUGUCUGUCACACCUCCGAACAUUCCGUUGCCCACCACGAACGGCUCUGAGCCCACCCUUGGCGCACCUGAGGAGACACUAGAAGGUGACGUUCCUUCUGUUUCUGACAAUUUCUCCAUAUCGCAUCAGUCUCUUUCGCAGAUGCCGCAUUUCGGGUUCGAUCACUUCGUCUCAAACUUCCCGCAGGAGCUUGGCGAGUUCACUGCCAUUCCUUGCUUUGAGCCUGAUGCUCAGGGUAAUCCGGGUAUGGUUGGCGCAGAUCUCAAACCUCCUGGAAGUGCGGAUUCGCAUUGGUUGCAAUUUAUGAAUGAGUAA